CUUGCUCUGUCUCCCAGGCGGGAGUGCAAUGGCGCGAUCUCGGCUCACUGCAAGCUCCGCCUCCCGGGUUCAUGCCAUUCUCCUGCCUCAGCCUCCCGAGUAGCUGGGACUACAGGCGCCUGCCAACACGUCCGGCUAAUUUUUUGUAUUUUUAGUAGAGAUGGGGUUUCACUGUGUUAGCCAGGAUGGUCUCGAUCUCCUGACCUCGUGAUCUGCCCGCCUCGGCCUCCCAAAGUGCUGGGAUUACAGGCUUGAGCCACCGCGCCCGGCCUUUUUUAAAAGUUAAGUGAAAUAAUGAAAGUAAGGCCUUUAGCAUUGUCCUUGGCAUUUGCAUUAAGUGUUCCAUUAAUUGUGCUAUUAAACCAGUUAUGACCCUGAAAAAUGAGGGACUUGGGCAGUCAAUUGGUGUUUUUCCAGUAUCAACAAUGAGGUUUAUAUAAAUUGAUAUCAAGGUAUAUAUAACAAGGACAACAAAGGUAGGAGAAACAUUUUUUGGGUUCUUGUAUGUCAUAAUUGGUCAUUUCUAUUGUUGAAAUCUUUACAGAAGUCAUGAAGUCUUGGCAUCUCGAUUUUACAGGAAACAAGUGUAGAAUGAUUGUAUAAUUUAACUGUAGUCAUAAUGAGCUGGGUUCAAAUCUGUUCCAAUGCUUCCUACAACAUAAUCCUAUUGGAACCCAGGACUGUGAUAUCACCUUCAAGUUGUGUUUUUGUUUUUGUUUUUUUUAGAUGGACUCUAGCACUGUUGUCUGGGCUGGAGUGCAGUGGCGCAAUCUCGGCUCACUGCAGCUUCCUCCUCCCGGGUUCAAGCAAUUCUGCGUCAGCCUCCCGAGUAGCUGGGAUCACAGGCGCCCGCCACCACACCCGACCAGGAAAUAAGCACAGAAUAAGUCAUUAUAUGCAACCAGCGUCCAAGUCCUGGUAGUCAAGGGAAGAGAGUGAUUCAAGAAUGAGGGAAUAAUCAAUGCAGCAAUGAAAAUUGAAGGUCAAGUUUCAUAAGAGCUGAAAAUCCCCACUGGAUUUGGCACUUGGAUCCCUGGUGAGUUUAAGUGCAAUUUUAAUUAAAAGCUGUGUGCAGGCCAGAUUAAGAUGUUUUUAGGAAAGUAUGGGAAGUGAGAAAAGAGUCCAUAUUACUCUUGAAAGUUUGUAAAGGGAAGCAGAAACUUCAUGGUACAGGGCAGUGGAGCUCUAGAGUCAGGUCUGAAUUUUAAUUCUGGUUCUGCCAUUUGUGUGUGAUGCUGAGUGAACUGUGCUAAACGUCCAAGGAAACCUUUGUUUCCUCAUCCAGAAAAUGGGACUAAUACCUACUUUGUAGGUUUGGUGUGAAGAUUAAAUGAGACUAAUGUGUGUGAAGUCCCUGGGGUACAGUAGGUACUGUAUAAAAUGAAAUUAAGGUUGUGGAGGGUUUGUUUUUAAAGGUGAGAAUGUUCCUAGGUUAAGAAGAAGCUACAGCCUAGAGAGGCUGACAAUAAAAAGGGUCUAUACUGAGAAGAAUGGGGUGGUCUGUGGUUUCACAGCUAGUGAAACCGGCUGUGUCUGGUGCUCACUCCACUCUGCAAGUCAGAGGCAAGAGAAGUCAGCCCCAGAGUUUCUAUUUGGAGGAGCUUAGAAACAAUCUUAGAAAGUGGGUGCUAAGGCAGAUUUCUCUAAGCAUGCCUACCAAGCACACUGCCUGCCUGUCUGGGGUGUGGGAUUGGUGGUGGAUUGGAAGCGAACUAAUGGAGAUUGUGGGUACGCUCAAGCCCUUCGGAGGGCUCUCUGGCAACUCCAGAGCCCUCUAGAUUUUCUUCUCACAUGCUUUCGUAACUGUCUCUUUUCGAGGGUUUUUCUCUGCGCAGGUCUUCGCGCGGGACCUCAAACUGCGUGCCCGCCUCCCUUCCCCCAGCACUAAAGACAAACCUGGCGGGUCCUCCGGCGCGCUUCCCGGCGCGCGCGCUCGGGAGCCCACGGGCCACAUCCGCCUCCUAGCAACCGGACGUCAGGUUCAGCCUAGAGAGAGAGGAGGCCACCAUGGACCAGCCAGCCGUCGCCACCGCCUCCACCACAAUAAGGGAAGACCUGGUGCGUGGAGAAUCAUUCAUCACAGCCUCGAAACCAGCCCGAAAGACUUCCUCUUUUGAAAGAGAAGGAUGGUGGAGAAUAGCAUUAACAUCAGUUCAGCUUUCUCCGGGGCAAUACGACGUGCUUCCUGCACCAGUUCCCAAAUAUGCUUCCAGGAGCUGUGUAUUUCGCUCAACAGUUCAAAGAUUCCCAACAACCUAUUUUAUUCCUAUCUACCCCCACCCCCACCUCACAGGUGCCCGAUGCCUUAAAUUCCCCAGCUUUCCUUGUGUUCUGUGGAGCAAAUCAGCUCGCUGCUCCUUGGCAAGUCCUCUGCAAGGAUUUAGGCUUCUGCCUUCUCUACACUGUCAGAGAUGGGAUUUCACCAUGUUGGCCAGGCUGGUCUCGAACUUCGGACCUCAAGUGAUCUGCCCACCUCAGCCUUCCAAAGUGCUGGGAUUACAGCAUGAAGGCCCUGGUCCAGGUCAUUAUAAUGUGAAAAUACCUCCAACAAGCUCUAUCACUUCUUGUUUUCAAUCCAGAGUCCCUCGAUUCUUGCCCAGCUGUUCAAAAACCCCAGGCCCAGGAGCAUAUACAACUUUAAGACAAUUCCCUAAGCAGUCUCCGACCGUAGCCAAAAUGGGCCGAGAACAUAGCCUUUUCUUCAAUAACACAAUUGGCUUUUAAAAUAAAGCGAUCUUGGCACCAA